AGGGGGUGGGGGGGUGGAGAGAGAAAAGAAGUUCACACACAAAGCCACGCCUGCGCCGUGUGCCUCUCAUUUACAAGCGAAGUUGCUGCAUCUUUUUAGGAAGCUACAUGCUUUCUUUCGACACCCAAAGGUCGCGUGGUGUCAGGGACGCGCCUAGUCACGGGAACAGAACCGGAGCGCGCUCGCGAGGAGAGUGCAAGCUCGCGCCUCUCGCAGCGAAGAGUAUCAACCAGCGUGCAGGGGGAUCCAGCCUAAUGGUUUACAUCGGGUCACAGCGAGCAGUCAAUGCUUUGCGUCAAGCAGGCUACGGUCCUUUUCUCGCCCGGCUUUUAUUCUGCAGACCUUUUGUAUUUUGCACGGGGGGGAACUGACACAGCAAACUCAUCUGUAUGAUCGGGGAGCAGGAGCACACAGUAUGGUCCGGGAAACCAGACAUUUAUGGGUGGGAAAUUUACCCGAAAAUGUCCGAGAGGAGAAAAUUAUCGAGCACUUCAAGCGAUAUGGACGAGUGGAGAGCGUCAAGGUCCUGCCCAAGCGAGGUUCAGAGGGUGGAGUUGCAGCCUUUGUGGAUUUCGUGGACAUUAAAAGUGCUCAGAAGGCUCACAAUGCAAUCAACAAGAUGGGGGACAGAGACCUACGCACAGAUUACAAUGAACCAGGAACAAUUCCUAGUGCAGCGAGGGGGCUGGACGAUAGUCUGUCCUUAGGCUCACGUGGCCGGGAUGUGUCAGGGUUCACAAGGGCGACAGGGGGGGCCGUGUAUGGGGCCCCCACGUCGCUUCACAGCAGAGAUGGACGCUAUGAACGCAGGCUAGACGGGUAAGUGGAGAACGUUCGCCCUUCCGAAGACAGAGCGAACCGUGGUUUGUGGUAAACGCCUUUCCUGCCAAGCAUCUUUCCACCACCUAUUCAUUUACUUGUGUAGGGAAAAAAGAGUAGAACACAUGCUAAGGAAUGAAACCCUAUUGGGAUCAUCUGUAAGGUUCUCAAAGCGUAGCCAGAGCUCUUGGAGUCACACUCAGUGGUUAGACGCAGAUCGGUUUCCUAAACGAACGCAUGUUUGUGUGUGAGCGCAUCGGUCGCUGUCCUGAGCAGAUAGGAGUUAAAACAGCUGCCGGGGAUCAGGUGUGUUAUCUUGCUUAUCUCUCUGAGGUGGAGUGAUCAAUUGCGGGAAAACACGGGGCAAAGAUUGGAUACCGCAAAAUUUCCCAGGAUUAUUGGAAAUUACUGGAGAGAGAGAAAAAAAGAGGGAGAGAGGGAGUUAAAGAAAGAGAGAGAGAGAGAGAGUGGUCCAGCGGCCAUCCCUGGGAUUUCUCUAAAUGUGGAGUUACCUGCCCUGUUUCGAUGGAUUAAUUUCACCCAUCUUUUCUUCAUGUAACAAAUCAACCAAGACACCAGAACACAUUACAUGUAUAAGACCCCAUUGUCUGGAUUAGUCUGAUUUGGUUUCUCACCUCACCGAGGGGCUCACUUCUCUCGUGGGUUGGAGUUAUGUGGAUACCCUACAAAGGAUAUUCAUUCCCUACUGUUGGAUUAACAAUGGCACGGCAUGUGAAGAAUAUGCCUUCAUACUAAAGGUACGGUUUGCAUUUUCCUUUUUCUCCAUUUAUUCGUGUACUUUUUUUUUUUUUUUUUUUUUUUUCGUUUCAUUUUGGGAUCAUACCUAAUCAGGGCAUUACAAAUUGAGCAUUGGGAGACCUCUACUGAUGAGUCAGCACAGUAGAGACAACAAAAACAAGUGAGCAAAAGAGGUUUUUUUUUUCCCCAAGCAUUUUUUUGUGGAGCUUAUUUUUUUAUUUUUUUUUCCUUUUGCAAAAGCUGAGGAUCAGCUCGGACUACAUUUGGAUCGUAUGAAUAAAGAGACAUGCUGGAGGUUUUGACUGGAGCGUUUAAAUAAUCUGUCUAAUGGAGUAAACUCUACCUCGCCUUUGUGGAUUAACGCUUCCUCUUCUAACUGUGGAACUAUACCCAAACCA